ACUCAGUCCCAUAGUGUGUGUGUGUGUUUGCCAUUCAAAACCUGGCAUGGCUUCUGAGAGCAAUCGCAUUCAAUCCGCCCAAGACGAAGAUGUCGACGCAGAGAGCUUUUACGAGCCCGGUCUGUUCCUCGAUCUCAACUACGCCAUCUCAACCGUCCAGUUCGAGCAUGUCACCGUGCAAGUCAAGACGCUCCAAUCAGGAUCCACCGAUUUCGAUCUCACUGGCCAGAUUGUAUGGCCGGCAGCCUUGCUCUUGUCCAAUUAUCUGGUUGAGCACCCGUCCGAGUUUCAAAAUGCCGGCUCCAUCCUUGAGGUCGGCUCUGGAAUAGGCGUUUCAGGACUUGUAGCUGCCAAACUCCACCAAAAGCCAGCUAGUGUUGUGCUAUCAGACUACUCGCAAAUAGUUCUUGAUGUUUUGCGCGAGAAUGUGACGUUAAACUUUCCAGAAGAGUCCGCAGCACCUCGUUGCGCAGCGUUGGCCUGGGGAUCUGAUCUGAGCGACUUUAUCGAGAACCACGGCUUGUUUCAGUGCAUUAUUGGCGCGGACGUGGUGUACUGGCCCGACCUCGUUGCCCCUCUCCUCCAAACUGUCGAAAAGCUACUAUCUCAUGAACCAAACUCUUUCAGCAUCAUCAGUUACAUCUCGCGCAGCGCUCAAAUCGAUCGAUUGUUUGAAUCGACGGUUAUUGAUCUGGGUUUCAAUGUCGAGCGUAUCCAACUAGAUGGCAAGUGCCUUGCUUUGGCAGAAAACGAGCGAGCGGCAGGCAAGGAUGGCAUUUUGUUCCGCCUGACCCGAGUGCCAAAGACCAAGAUAUAAGAGACGCUUGCUGUCAUAGCUGCUUUGUUUCGUGAUGUGAGCCAACAAUGGGGUUUGCGCUUCCCCGUUGUGAAAUCGAUGACACUUGAAAACAAGAAUAAUCUCCAUCUUCAUUUUACAAAAUCAAGUUACACACACGUACAGCGCAUGAAUACACAAA